AUGUCCAGCGCUCUUAAGAAAUUUGGCGAAAAAGUUGCCAACGACUCAAAGCAGAUCACCAAGCUAUUCAAAGAGUCUGCAGCUGGCAGUCGGGUCCUACCAUCCAGAACCAGCAAAAAUGAUGCAGAGUACCAGUGUCGAAUUGACAUGGGAGAGGAGGUUAAGGAUAAGCCAGGCUACUACAACGUGUAUCUUCAGGUAAACAGUCAGGCAAAAAGUGAGGGACUCAAGGAUUGGCUGCGAAAAAAUCCACAUGGAAAGCUCGCAAUGGCACAAGUGAAUAGGGAUGCCCCCGAGAAAGAGCAAUCUGAGGAGGGCAAGCGCGUAAUUUCGGAAUUGGUUGAACAAGCAAAGAAGAACCUCUGA